GGUCCAGGAGUGCUUCGAGAAAAGGGUCUAGAACCAACCUUGCUGUGUGGUUCGCUGACGCUGCUGAUGGUGCUGCAGAUGCCACUGCUGAUGUGGGCAAUGCGAGUGAGAGAGCCGAGGCGGGGUCCGCUGCUAGAGCUGCACCUGAUUCCGCACCUGGGGCUGAACCCAGGGCUGAUCCUGUGGCUGAGCCUGCUGGUGCGAGUGGUGCUGGUGUGAGGUCAGGGAUGGGGAAGACACAGGUGCGGGGAGAGGGGAGGGCGGAGGUAGAAGAGAGAGCGGAGAAGCAGGCGCGUUCAAGUCUAACGCACAGCUGCAGUGGUCGGAUCUGGGCAGUGCGUUUGUGAGGAGGGAGGGGGCGGAGGCAGGCAGCAAGGCGGUUGCUGGGAAGAAGGUCAGGAGCCCGCCGCUAUCGUCAAAGGUACCUGAGGAAACAGGGUUGGGAGGACGAGCUGGGGAAGGGAUGGGGUUUUCGAUUGGGAUGGCAGGAGGAGGCCCCCAAGCAGCACCUGCUGGCGCUCGCCCUGCGUCUUCAGCUGGUAUCCGGGACCACAGCCCUGGCAUGUUCGCUAUGGGGUCCCUCAGGAGCCAGGCUAGCAACGCCUCCUCUGUCUUCAGCCGCAGCAGCAGCACGCGCUCACGUGCAUUUGCCCCAGACGGCCUGAUACCCGCGCCCCUCAGGAGCCAACCCAGCAACGUCUCUUCUGUUUUCAGCCGCAGCAGCAGCACUCGCUCCCGUGCCUUCCCCUCAGACCAUCUCGUUGCCACUUCGGAGCCCUCCAUGCUUAUCCCUGCCUCGGAUCCCACUAUGCUCAUCCCCGCCUCUGACCCUACCUUGCUCCGCCACCACCCAGACCACACUUAUGUAAGCGCCAGCGCGAGCGCGGGUGCGAGGAUAAGCGGGAAGGAGAGGGAGGUGUGGAUCCUGGUGUCAGUGAAGGACACGGGGAUUGGCAUCAGUCCCGAGAAGCAGGGCGAGAUCUUCCAUAACUUUGUGCAGGCCGACACGUCGUACACACGCGACUACGGGGGGAUUGGGCUCGGGCUCAGCAUCGUGCAGAGCCUGGCGCACAUGAUGGGCGGCGAGGUGUGGGUGGAAAGCGACCCAGGCAAGGGCUCCACCUUCUACUUCACAGCCCGCCUCGAACGCGCCCCUCCUGGCGCCACCCCUCUCCCAGACCCCACCCACGUCCUCGACCCCUCUUCCCCGCCUUCCCUCGCCGCCUCCUCCUCUCUCUACGCCCAUCCUUCUGACCUCCCGCCCAGCUUCCCUCUCGCUGCUUACGGAGCUGAAAUCGCCCGUUUCGACUCCUCUGUUAGCAUGUCAGAGCAUGGGGCUUAUAACGAGUAUUUUUCAAUACGAGAAGGAGUGUCAGCAGAGCACACUCCUGCUCGCUCUGUGUAUGCGUCGGCUCGCUCAGGGUACACUACGGACUUCACCACUGCGCCCCAGUCCCCUCUGGUCUCCUCGCCUGAAAGCCCCCCUCGCAUCCCCACCUUUCCCUCCACUCAACAUGCCAGCGCCAGCCCUGCCACCAUGCUUUUCCCCCACUCCCUCUCCGCUGAUUCUACCCGAUCCGCUCCCCUGGCUGCUGCUGCUGCUGUGCUGCUGGAGUGCUCGCGCCUCAUUCUAUUCCUCCUGCUGCCACAGCACCAACGCCAGCACCAGCGCCAGCACGCCACCUGUCCGCGCCUGCAGCCACGCCUCGGCCGCGCAUCGUUGCUUCCCUCUCGGUCGGCAUCCCACCCCCUCCCAGUCCGCGCUCCCUCCUCACUCUGCACUCCGCUGCGCCCUUGCUGUCAGCUGCGUCUCUGCCGGUUGCUAGUGCCAGAGCGGCAGGGAGGGCAAGAGGAGAGGAGGGAGAGAGUGACGGUGGUGUGAGGAGUGGAGGGGAGAGGGGGCAAAGAGGGGCUGAAGCGAGAUCGGAGUUCAUUAUCCCCCCCUGUGUCACGCUUCCUCCCACCAUCGCCAUCCCCAGCCCUCGCCCCUUCCCUACCUCCGCCUCUGAAGGCAAGGCCCCUCCGCCCUCACGUUCGGCGUACUUCUCAGGCCCGGUGCUAGGCUCGGAGGAGCAGCGACAGGUCCGGGAUUCAAUCGGGAUUCCGCACACCCAUCCCCGCGCCUCCCCUCUCCCAACCUGCCAUCACCCAGACGAUUAUUCCACAAGCAGCUGUCCUCUCCCAAGUUGCCCUCGCCUCCAGGGGGCAGGGACCCAGGGGCACAUGGGGCACAUGCCACAGCUCCCCCUGCUGGCUUUGCUGCUGCGCCUCUGUCCAUGCCCUCCCCCCGCGCCUCCCGCAUCUGGAGGGACUUAGAGGAUCCCACCUCCCCUGCUGCCGCUGCCUUCUCCCCGCGCACGCCCAGGGGGUGGGGCGC